UCUCUAGCCCUGGAGCAGCUGCUGACAGAGCUGGAGGACUUCCUCAAGAUUCUCGACCAGGAGAACCUGAGCAGCACAGCCGUGGUGAAGAAGAGCUGCCUGGCAGAGCUCCUCCGGCUUUACACCAAAAGCAGCAGUGCUGAUGAGGAGUACAUUUACAUGAACAAAGUGACUGUCAACAAGCAACAAAAUGCAGAACCUCAAGACAAAGUGCCUGAGGAACAGGGCCCAUUGCCCAAUGGGGAGCCUGGCCAGCACUCCUCAGCCCCUCAGAAGAGCCUUCCAGACCUCCCACCGCCCAAGAUGAUUCCAGAGCGGAAACAACUCGCCAUCCCAAAGAUUGAGUCUCCAGAGGGCUACUAUGAAGAGGCUGAGCCGUAUGACACAUCCCUCAAUGAGGAUGGAGAGGCUGUGAGCAGCUCCUAUGAGUCCUACGAUGAAGAGGACAGCAGCAAGGGCAAGUCGGCCCCGUACCAGUGGCCCUCGCCUGAGGCCAGCAUCGAGCUGAUGCGUGACGCCCGCAUCUGCGCCUUCCUGUGGCGCAAGAAGUGGCUGGGGCAAUGGGCGAAGCAGCUCUGUGUCAUCAGGGACACCAGGCUCCUGUGCUACAAAUCCUCCAAGGACCAUAGCCCUCAGCUGGACGUGAACUUGCUGGGCAGCAGCGUGGUUCACAAGGAGAAGCAAGUGCGGAAGAAGGAGCACAAGCUGAAGAUCACGCCAAUGAAUGCCGACGUGAUCGUGCUGGGGCUGCAGAGCAAGGACCAGGCAGAGCAGUGGCUCAGGGUCAUCCAGGAGGUAAGCGGUCUGCCUUCUGAAGGCUCAUCCGAGGGGUGUACCCCAGAUGGCCAGCGUCUACACUGCCAGAAGCCAGAUAUAACUGAGAAGUACCUGUCGGCUUCAGAGCAUGGGGGCUUCGUGGAUGGCCACCUCGAGGUCCCAGAAACCAAAGAUGUCAAGAAGAAAUGUUCUGCUGGCCUUAAACUGAGUAACCUCAUGAACCUGGGCAGGAAGAAAUCCACCUCGCUGGAGCCUCCCGAGAGGUCACUCGAGACAUCCAGUUACCUGAACGUGCUGGUGAACAGCCAGUGGAAAUCUCGCUGGUGCUCCGUCAGGGACAAUCACUUGCACUUCUACCAGGACCGAAACCGGAGCAAGGUGGCCCAGCAGCCCCUAAGCCUAGCGGGCUGUGAGGUGGUCCCAGACCCGAACCCCGACCACCUCUACUCCUUCCGCAUCCUCCACAAGGGCGAGGAGCUGGCCAAGCUUGAGGCCAAGUCGUCCGAGGAAAUGGGCCACUGGCUGGGCCUCCUGCUCUCUGAGUCAGGCUCUAGGACAGACCCAGAAGAGUUCACCUAUGACUAUGUGGAUGCCGACAGGGUUUCCUGUAUUGUGAGUGCGGCCAAAAACUCUCUCCUACUGAUGCAGAGGAAGUUCUCAGAGCCCAACACAUACAUCGACGGCCUGCCCAGCCAGGAUCGCCAGGAGGAGCUGUACGACGAUGUGGAGCUUUCAGAGCUGACCGCUGCGGUGGAACCUACCGAAGAAGCCACCCAUGCUGCAGAUGCUCCAAGUGAGAGCGAGUCUGACCGAGUGUACCUGGACCUCACGCCCGUCAAGUCUUUUCUGCACAGCCCCAGUGGGGCACAGGCCCGGGCCUCUUCCCCCAUAUUGACCUGCCUGGACAAUCCAGCCGAGGCCCUCCCCACAGACCCGGACCCAGGUCCUGUCCCAGAUGAGCUAUGUAUAAAGUCUCCAGAGAACCUGGAGGAGCAGAGGCAGCUGGAGAGUCCAGAGCCCGAACAGUCUUCCCUGAGAAUCACCACUGUCAAAAUCCAGACUGAACAGCAGAAAAUCUGCUUCCUACCAAGCUGCGCUGACACUGUGGUGGCCACCCCCGCUGGUGUCAGCCCACCUGUGAAGGACAGGUUGAGGGCAACCACUGCAGAGAUCAAACUCGGCAAGAAUCGAACAGAAGCCGAGGUGAAGCGGUACACGGAGGAGAAGGAGAGGCUCGAGAGGAAGAAAGAGGAAAUCCGGGGGCACCUGGCUCAGCUCCGGAAAGACAAACGGGAGCUGAAAGAGAGCCUGUUAAAAUGCGCAGACAAGGGUGUCCUGGCCAGCCUGGAGCAGAAGCUGAAGGAAAUUGAUGAGGAGUGCCGGAUUGAGGAGAGCAAGCGUGUGGACCUUGAACUCAACAUUGUGGAGGUGAAGGACAACUUGAAGAAGGCUGAAGCAGGGCCUGUGACACUGGGUACCACUGUGGACACCACACACCUGGAGAACCCCAAAGCUGCCACUCCUGCCCCUGCCUCAGACUGUACCCCAGUCAACUCUGCAACCACACUCAAGAACAGGCCUCUCUCAGUCAUGGUCACAGGCAAAGGCACUGUCCUCCAGAAAGCCAAGGAAUGGGAGAAGAAAGGAGCAAGUUAGGAAACAAGCUUCAUCUAAAGACUCUCAUGUCAAUAUGGACCUUGGUGACAAUCCUGCUUCAUUAAAGCAGCAACUCUGUGAAAGGGUGAGUCUGUUCAGAAGAAAAAGCAAGGACUGAGGUACUAUGAAUGAAGAGCUUCAGCUAAGAGGAGGCUCUGUCCCUUUCAGAGUCGAAGGAAAUAAUACAAAAAUAAAAAAGAAGGCUUCAUUGGAGCUAAAUCCAUUGGAUGUAAGCAAAAUGUUGUAUGUAGGGAUAUUCUGUGUUUCUUUUUUAAAGUUUUCAUCAAUUGCUUUAUCAAGAUUUUUAAAUAAUGAAAAAGAAUUGCUGUUUAGACUUUGGUGGAAGAAAAAUCAGGUGGCAGGGCCCCAUCCUGUGUGUCUUGUGGCUUUGAUGAGCGAGAAGACCUAAACUGUCAUCUCAUCUCUUAUCCAAUACUUAGCCAUAUCGGGGUUGAACUAUCCUUGCCUUCAAGUUUGUUCUCUCCGAUAUCUGCAGACCCAACUCAGUCUUCAGUGAUUUCAAACAGCAUUGAUACUACCUGUUUAAAACCAUCUAUGACAUGAGUUUUGUGAAACAGUAACAUGGAGAAAUAUCUGGGACCAAGAUGAGGCACUGACCCCACUAAGUCAAAUACUUUUAUGGGGGUCCAAGAUGGGCCUGAACAACUGUCUUUAGAUAAAAUUUUAAGUGAUGCUGUAUUAUAUAGAAAAAAAGUUGCUAAAUUAUGUCACUUAGAACAGUGAAAGUGGUUUUUUCUUUCUUUCUUUUUUUUUUGAGAUUUCACUGACUCUUUACAUUACCAUAAAAACAAAUUACCCUGUGUUUACAUAUUCAGUCCUGUGGUCCAGCUGUUUUUUAAGGGAGAAGUUAUUUAACAUAAUGCUCUCUUGGUCCCUAAUUUUAAGUUCUGUUGAAUGUCCAGUCCCCUUCCAAAAAAAAAGUGGUGACUUUUGGUUAGGGUGGUUUUCCCUCGUCUUUUAAAAUUGGCAUUGCUGUUUCUUGUGCUGUCCCUGUCUUUCCCUCUGAUGGCAUUGUUUUUAAACACAGGUUGAAACAUUUCAUCUAUCAUCUCUGCCUCAUUUCUAGGGGUUUUGAAUCAGAGUUCUCUAACACUGGUUCCUGAAAACUAAAGUCUUUUUCUAAUCCAAGGGCAUUUAUUUCCUUUGUCAUAAACAUUUGGUGAUCUUUUACCAAGUACUGAGUUAGACUUUUUUAAAUAAAAUGUUAAUU